AUGAAGGGUGAUGGUGAUGAUAAUAGAACUAAAAGUGAAUUGCCCCAAAAUGUUACUUCUUGCUCAACGUUUGUGAAGAAACUCAAAAUCUACAGUCCCACACCAGAAACCACCAUUGGAGGAAACGUGUCAUUGGAGUGCUCCUGGGAGACAAACUGCCUGCAAAUCAAAUACACCUUAUUUUUAAACAAAAUGAGAGCAUUAUAUCCUGCAACACAGAACAGGAGGGAAGAAAAAAUUAUAUUUAACUUCACAAUCGAUUCUAGCAGUGAACUGGGUGAAUAUAAGUGCAAAGCUGAGAGGGGAACUGAGGCAAGAUAUAGCUCAGGUUUCAACUUUACAUUAAGAGCAGGAGAAAGGAAUAAUCCAGUUGCUUUCAUUGUGCUUCCUUUGGUUCUCCUACUGCUACUGAUUGCAGUAGCUGUGGCAAUUCCACUGUUGAUCCUUCCUUGGUGUAAGGCAAGGAAACUGAAGUCAGCCAAUAUUUCCACUGUAUAUGAUGAUAUUGUUUAUGGAGUAACUGAAGAAAACGAAUAUUGCAACGUGAAAAUUAAAAGCAAGACAGAAGAUUACAGAAACGUGAUCAUCAGUGAGGAUAAUACAGUGAACUAUGCAGAAGUCAUCUGUAGAUAAGAGUGAU